ACUCGACUUCCCCACAGUCUACAGCCUACCUACACAGAGUCCCCGUCCCUAGCCUCACUCCGCCGACUCGCAACGCUACGACUUCUCUCGUUCAGUUUCUCAGUGAACUGUCGCGUGGAGAGAGCCUUUCUUCGGAGUUCCUAAUUUUCUGUCGGUCGAAGAGACAGAUAAAAAGGGGAGAACGGCUCGCGGAAUGUGGUCUUGCUAAUACAAAUAAAAAACGAUUGCCGCGGAUCCCAUUGUUGCCGAUGGACCCAUUCAACAAAAAGUGGUCACCCUGACGUUUAACAAAAAAAAAUCGGUAAAGUGAGAGUUCCAACUGGACUGCCGACGACUUCUCUGUGCAAAGUGGAUUCAAAUUCAAAGAAAUAGUGAUCGCUUAACGAAUUUCAAAUAUGACGCGAGGAAGGCACAAGAAAAUAUUAGCAGUACUUGUUAUCUCUAUGGUGGUAGUACUUGCGGAACCCGAUCCUGCAGAAGAAUACAGUCGAUUUGCAUAUAACAGAGACGAAGAUAAGUGCUACGACGACAAUGGAAGGCCACAGAGAUGCAUACCACCUUUUGAGAAUGCAGCGUUCAACGUACCCAUGGAAGCAACGAACAUAUGCGGCCAAGAAAGACCGACCGAAUUUUGCAAACAAACAGGAGUGCCUAGAAAAUCAUGCGAGAUAUGUCAGUACGGCGAUCACCCGGCUUUAUUUCUCACCGAUCACGAUAACAAUGACAAUGCAACCUGGUGGCAGUCGGAGACGAUGUUCGAAGGCAUCGAAUAUCCGAAUCAAGUGAAUCUUACGCUUCAUCUGGGAAAAACGUUUGAUAUAACUUACGUCAGGGUGUUGUUCGAGUCACCACGUCCAGAGAGCUGGGGGAUUUACAAGAGGAAAAACGAAGACUCGUCGUGGGAGCCUUAUCAGUAUUAUUCCGCGUCUUGCAGAGACAAUUAUGGUUUACCAGAUUCAAAAGAGACUGUCAGAGGCGAUGACACGAGGGUGCUUUGCACCUCGGAAUAUUCGGACAUAUCGCCCUUAACAAAGGGCACGGUCGCGUUCUCUACCUUAGAGGGUCGACCUUCCGCUUACAACUUCGAAACAAACGCGGCUUUACAGGAAUGGGUUCAAGCAGUAGAUCUAAGGAUUACUCUGGAUAGACAGAACACGUUCGGUGACGAAGUGUUUGGCGAUGAUAACGUAUUGAAGUCAUACUACUAUGCCAUCGCUGACGUUGCUGUUGGAGCACGUUGCGCUUGUAAUGGCCACGCUGGAGAAUGCGUAAACAGUACCAGCGUGGACGGAAGAACUCGCAGAGUGUGUAGAUGCGAGCACAAUACUGCGGGACCAGAUUGCAACGAAUGCUUACCAUUUUACAACGACGCGCCUUGGGGACGUGCUACUACCACAGAUGCUCACGAAUGCAAACCUUGCAACUGUAAUGGAUAUUCGGAUAGAUGUUACUUCGAUAAGGAACUGUACAAGCUCACCGGUCACGGUGGUCAUUGCCAGGAUUGCCGAGCAAAUCGUGACGGCGCGAACUGCGAGCAUUGCCGAGAAAACUUUUACCAGCAUCCUGAAGGAGACUACUGCGUUCCCUGUAACUGCAAUGAAAUCGGAUCUAGAAGCUUGCAAUGCAACAGCGAAGGAAAGUGUCAGUGUAAGCCGGGUGUCACAGGAAACAAAUGCGAUCGUUGCGCUGCUAAUUACUACAACUUCGGUUCAUAUGGCUGCACUUCGUGCGAAUGCGACGAAGCCGGUUCUUUGGCGAAUGUACCGAGUUGCGAUCCUGUUAGCGGAACUUGUACAUGCAAAGAGAACGUCGAAGGAAAACGCUGUCGAAUAUGUCGACCAGGAUUCUUUAACCUUGCGUUAGACAACGAAUUUGGCUGCACGCCAUGCUUCUGUUAUGGACAUUCAUCGGUAUGCAGACCGGCAACUGGUUAUUCCAAAACUGUGAUCGAAAGCAUGUUUGUGAGAGGACCCGAACGAUGGACAGCUACCAUUGCUGGAAACACUAUACCUCUUCACUACGAUCCUUUGACACAAACGAUAUCUGCCACUGCGUUAGAUCGGGACAACGUCUACUUCCUUGCGCCCGACAGAUUUCUUGGCGAUCAACGAGCAUCUUAUAAUCAAGAUUUAGCGUUCACUCUGAGAAUUGGAGAAGUUGGACCUGCUCCAACAGCUCGGGAUAUAAUACUAGAAGGAGGAAAUGGUGAACAAAUCACACAACCGAUCUUUGGACAGAAUAAUCGCGUGCCUAGUGGGACAUCGCAAGAAUACCAUUUCAAGCUUCACGAGCACCCCAAGUACGGUUGGGAACCGCGUUUGCCUUCACGAGCAUUCAUGUCUAUUUUAUCUAACUUGAAGGCUAUCAAAAUUCGCGGAACCUACACUCAUCAAGGCAGAGGGUUUUUAGACGAUGUUAAAUUGGAAACCGCUCACAGAGGAGCUGCCGGCGAAUUUGUCAAUUGGAUAGAACAUUGUCAAUGUCCUCAUGGUUACGUAGGGCAAUUUUGUGAAUCCUGUGCACCCGGAUUCCAUCACGAUCCGCCUAAUGGCGGUCCCUUCGCUCUCUGUGUACCUUGUAACUGCAAUGGCCACGCGGAUAUUUGCGAGGCUGAAACCGGUCAGUGUAUCUGUCAGCAUAAUACCGCAGGUAGUAACUGUGAACUGUGUAGGCGAGGAUAUUAUGGCCAUCCGUUAAAGGGUACGCCCGACGAUUGUAAACCUUGCCCAUGCCCCGACAAUGGACCAUGUAUAUUGCUAGGCAAUAACCCAGAUCCUAUUUGCUCCGAGUGUCCAUCUGGUAGAACAGGACCUAGAUGCGAAACAUGCUCGGAUGGAUACUUUGGAAAUCCUGAAAGAGGUAUAGCCUGCCGACCUUGCGAUUGUAACAAUAAUAUCGAUUUGAACGCUGUUCGAAACUGUAAUCAAGAAACUGGGGAGUGUUUAAAAUGUGUUAACAACACAGCCGGUUUUCAUUGCGAAGAAUGUCUGCCAGGAUAUUAUGGAGAUGCUCUUUCCGAUCGCAGAGAGGACGGAUGUAGGCUGUGUCAGUGUUAUCCACCUGGUACGGUGGUACUGGACGAUGGCAGGAUAGCUCCUUGCGAGCAAUUAGCAGGACAAUGUAAAUGUAAGCCGCAUGUUGUCGGCCGAAAUUGCGAUAAAUGUGAAGAAGGAUAUUAUCACAUAUUGAGUGGCGAGGGUUGUGCGCCUUGUAAUUGCGAUCCAGAAGGUUCUUACAAUCAUACAUGCAAUGCCGUCACUGGUCAAUGCGAAUGCAGACCUGGUGUUACCGGUCAACAUUGCAAUGCUUGUCUUCCUUAUCAAUAUGGUUUUAGCAGAGAAGGUUGCAAGCCUUGCGAUUGUGACCGAAUCGGGUCUCAAGACUUGCAAUGCGACGUUAAUGGACAAUGUCAGUGUCUCACAAAUGUAGAAGGAAGACGUUGUGAUCGUUGUAAGGAAAAUAAACACAAUAGACAAAACGGUUGCGUAGACUGUCCAGAUUGUUAUAAUCUUGUUCAGGAUGCUGUCGAUACUCACAGGGAACGUGUAGCCGAAUUGGAAAAUACGCUUCGGAAAAUUAACAGCAGUCCGACUGUCAUAAAAGAUAGCGACUUCGAAAAUGAAUUGUUAACGGUCCAAGAAAAAGUGAAAAAUCUUUUGAAGAUUGCGAAACAAGGAUCUGGCAGUGAAAAUAAAACCUUGGUGGAACAAUUGGACGAAUUGCGUGAUCAGUUAAACGAAAUCGUUGAUAUUUCUCAGACGGUUGAUUUGACUGCUUCCGAAGUACAGAAGACUACUUCUAAAGGAUUGACCAGCAUCGAGGAAGCGGAGAAAGUGCUCGAUAAGAUCCAUGCUCAGUUAACCGAAGCAGAAGAUUAUUUAGCCAUGAAUGGGACGUCAGCUUUGAUAGAUGCGAAAUCCCGUGCUGAACAAGUUGGUCAACAGAACAAACAGAUGACAGCUAUUGCGCAAGAAGCGCGCGGAUUAGCUGACUUAAACGUCAACGAAGCUGUGAAGAUUCAUACUUUGGCGGAACAAGCACGGAAUACAACUAUAGAAGCUUAUAAUCUUGCGAAGAAAGCAAUAUCAAAAUAUUCGAAUCUAACCGAAGAUAUCCGAGGAUUAGAAAGUAAAUUAGAUUUAUUAGAACACCGUAUGAACGAAGUGAAAAACUUGACCAGCAUCGCGGCUACUAAAUCAUCUAUUGUUUCACAAGAAGCGUUAGAUUUAUUGAUUUUAGAUUUGUCACUUCCCACGGUUGAUAUCAAACAAUUACGAAGUCAGGUUGAAGAUGUAAAUAUGGAGGGAUUGCGAUUAAAAGAACAAGCUCAAUUGUUGUUGGAUCGCCAUGAAAAUCUUAUAAAAGAGAUGGUGGAUAAACUAAAGAAAAGUGAGGAUUUAAUAGAAAUCGCACAAGAUCAGCAAGGAGCUACCGCUGAACUUCUGGCAGAACUGGACCAAGCCAAUGAGAAGGCAAAUGACGCCGUGAAACGCGGUGAUCAAACUUUGAAAGAAGCUCAAGAAACAUUAAAGAAAUUAGGAGCAUUCGAUGCCGAAGUACAGGGUGAACGUAUUAAAGCACAGGAUGCCUUGAAAGAUAUUCAAAACAUCGAAGCACUAAUUAUAGACGCAACUCGGCAAGUAGAACGAGCGGAGAAAAUAUUACGUGGAUCUGAAGACAGUGCUAAAUAUACUCGUGAAACAGCUCAAAAGGCUCAGACGUAUGCAGAGGAAGCUAGCGCGAAAGCAAACGAUAUUAGAACUGAAGCGAAUAAGACUAAAAUAGAAGCGGUUCGUGUAGGAAACGAGGCUGAAAAACUGCAUCUUAGAGUCGAUACUACAGACUCCAUGAUGAAACAGUACGAGGUAAAAAUUAGUCAAGACUCGAACAUCACAACGGAGGCAAAUCAUAAAGUCGGACAAGCGAAAAUCAAUGUAACAUUAGCAUCGCAACAAGUGGACAAAGCUCUAGCCGACGUAGCAGCAAUAAUAAAAGAACUCGAAGUUUUACCAGAAAUAGAUGACGCUGAUUUGAAUCGCUUAGAAGAACGUCUAAUAGCAGCUGAAAAAGAGAUCGCAGCCGCAAAUUUAGAUCAAAGAAUUCGCGCGUUAACAGACGCUAAGAAUGUACAGACACAAUGGGUGCAGAAUUACGAAGACGAAGUUAGUAGAUUAAGAAUGGAAGUUGAAAAUAUCAGCGAUAUAAGAAAACUUUUGCCUACCAAUUGUAAGAAACGCUUACGAUUGGAACCAUAAGUAGUAAUGUUACGUACUAUUAUACAGAAAAUUGCGAUCAUUUCAUUUUAAAUUUCAUAUCGCAACAUGUGCCUUACAUGCAUUUAUGUUACACUACAUUACAUAACGUUUAGAAUUAAAUUUAAAAUCAAGUAAGACAUUUUUAUAUGAAAUGGUUAUCGUACAUUACAACAAUGUGCUUAAAAUUUA